UGUGUUUUGCUACCUGCUUCAGGACAAUGGCCGUGUAUGGGGUUGUGGUAGUGCCGCUUCUUUUGUUAGCUUGCAGCUGUGGAGCUCAAGAGAAGUUAGGGUUUCCUGCAAAGACUCCUCUGUGGCUGGCUGGUUAUCUGGCUAAGAAAGGGGCUCCCCAGUCGGCGGGCCUCCCGGGCGGGGUCGUGGCUCCCCAGUCGGCGGGCCUCCCGGGCGGGGUCGUGGCUCCCCAGUCGGCGGGCCUCCCGGGCGGGGUCGUUGCCACCAAGCAGGUUGCUCCUGCUCUGGUUAAAUCUGUGACUGGAAUGCAGCUCAACCCUGAUGGUGUGAGCGUUGUAUGUGGGGAGGAUUAUGUUGUGGUGCUUGUGCAACCAACCCUCUUUGGUAAUGGUCAGCCAAUCAAUGCGUCAGACAUCAUCUUCGGUGGCUGUACACCCACUGGGCAGGAUGCUUCUGGCACAGUGAGGUUUCAGUCUGUGCUGCAGGGCUGUGGAAGUACACUGACGAUGACUGCUGAUGCCCUGGUCUACAGCUUUGUAUUGAUCUACGCACCCAGUGGUAUUAAUGGCCUCCCCAUUGUGAGGACCAAUGGUGCCAUGGUUGGCAUUGAGUGUCACUAUUUGAGGAAGCAGAAUGUGAGCAGCAAUGCCCUGGUGCCAACCUGGAUCCCCUACUAUGCUACAAUGGCAGCUGAGGCACAACUGAGUUUCUCACUGAGGCUGAUGGACGAUGCAUGGCAGAAUGAGAGAGCCUCCAAUGUGUACUUCCUGGGAAGUGUCCUGAACAUUGAAGCCUCUGUCCUCGUGGGCAACAGUCAGCCCCUGCGUGUCUUUGUGGACAGCUGUGUGGCCACCUUGGUCCCUGACGUGACCUCUGUCCCUAGCUAUGCCUUUGUGCAGAACUCUGGGUGCCUGACUGAUGCCAAGGUGACAGGAUCCCGCUCCCAGUUCCUGCCCAGGAAGCAGGAUGACAAGCUGCAGCUUCAGCUGGAUGCUUUCAGGUUCUCUCAGGAUGGCAGGAGCUCACUGUACAUUACUUGCAGCCUGAGAGCAACAGUGGCUUCUGUGCCUGUGGAUUCCCAACACAAGGCUUGUUCCUUCUCUCUUGCCGCUAACAGGUGGGUGUCUGUGGAUGGGAAUGACCAGGUGUGUGGCUGCUGUGACACCAGCUGUGGGCUUGCAGGUGUAGCAGGUGCUCAAGGCACAGGUGUUCUGGGCCCCAUUGCUAUCCAACAGGGUCCUCCCACGGCUAGUCAGCCUGGACAGCUGUACAUUCUGAAGGGAUAGGUACCUACUGCCCUAACCUGCCAAGCUUUGGCACCAGGAUGGAAGGAGCCACAACUUGCCUGGCAUAUUCUGCUCUGCUUCCCAUGAUGUUUCUUCCCCCUGUGGCUGCAGUUGUGGAACCCAAGCGUAUGAGCUUGACUGAAUAAAGCACUAGUAGUAUUUGAAA